GUGUAGUUUUACUUUUCACAGAAUGUGAAAUGAUGAACUUCACUUUGAUAGGGGCUUUGCUCUGCUCGUUCAGUUGGAUCCCUACAUCAGUUUGUCAAUUUUACACAAUGUUGGUUCAGCCUGGUGAAGAAGCCAUACUGCGAACAGUGGAUUUCUCUGAUGCUGGACUGUAUUUCUGUGGCCCAAACACAGAGGGAAACCCAGGAAUUUUCAGUGCAACAUAUUUACAAGUUGAAGGAGAUGUGUGUGAUGAAGUAACAAAUGUGCCAACUGUUAUCCUGGGUGCAAUAACCUUUUUUCUUGUAAUACUCAUCAUCCUUAUGGCUGCAAAAAUUGGGACUUAUCUAAGAGCUCAACUUUACCCACCAAAACAAUCGCAGACUGAGAAUCUGAACUCUGACAACUUGACUUAUGCUGCUCCAUGUUUUCAUCCCAAAGCACAAAGCAACAGAAGACCUGUGGCGGAGAGAGAGUUGGAGAAAACUGUAGUGUAUGCUGCCACAAGAUAA